AGCAUUCAUCCGUUACCGAUCGGUCCUCUCGCAGCCGACAAUGUCCUCCUCCUCCCUUCGCCACUCACUCACAAGUAUGGCUGUUGAAUUGCAAGUCUCGGUGGAUUAUUCAAGCACCUGUUGGAUUCUACGGAGGAGGGGAGGUUCGCUGGUGGAUCCAUGUGACGAGGUUUAGGGUUUGAGCGCCGAGUGGAGAGAGGUGUUAUCGACUCCGGAUCACAGUUUGUCAUCAAGCUAAGUUUUAAUCACUUCCUUGUGACAUACAUUUUUUUGCGGGCAUCAGAUGUCAUAUGUUGGUCAAGAAGUUUUGCGUUUGUACCAAUUCCAUGCUGCUUCAAGUGCGUGUGAAGCCGCUAGAUGAGUUUCCCGUUUUCAGGCGUAUAGGGUCUUUUCAGAAACAUGCAACUCUCCCAAGGUCGCUCUGCAUUCCAAUUCUUGCUCGAGCAUUUGAGAUAGCGUUCAAUUCUGCGCUCUUGUUUCCAAUUGGUUUAUCACGUGGCUGCACUGCUCUCCGAUCGAUCAGUACCUCCCCGCAUUCACGAACGACUCCUCGGACUCGGUUGAGAAUGGGUUGGGCAUGUGCGACUUGCACGUUUAUCAACGAUGCAGGUUCGGCUUGUGGUGUGUGCUUGAUGCCUGCUCCGGGAUCGCCGAGUUCUGGCGAUGCGAAAUGGACAUGCGAGGCUUGCACUUUCGAGAACAUUGGAGAGACUGCAUUCUGUGAAAUGUGCGAUACAGGUCGAUCAACUGUAGGAAGGUCAGUGCGUGGCUCACCGUUCCGACCUUUGCGAGCAAGUGCCAGGGUGAAGCCAGAGGUUGGCCGUGUUGAAGAAUCUGCACUGCUUGAGAAUGUCAAGAGCGUUGAGGCGGAGAGCCUUGUCACAGGUGGAACGUGGUUCGGCGACGAGAGUCUAAAGGUUGCCUGUGGCAGCCAAAACCUCAAGUCUAGGAAGCACGAAGCCAAGGAAGUGGAAGUAAUUGAUCUUUCUGAGUCCGAUAGUAGAGGAGAUGAAUUUGUCGUGAAGGAUGGUAAGAAAAAGAAAGAUGUACAAGAAGAGUCUAAUCAUUUGCUCGAGAACCUGCACAAAGAGAGGAUAUCUCGAAUGCAAGGAAAGAUGUCUGCAGAGGAUUCCUCAGCUGUUAAAGUGGGGAAGGAUGCCGUUGAUUCUUCGUCGAGUUCUCCAGAGCUUGAAAAAGAGAAAGAGUUCGUUCCUUUGACCUCUUUGUCGAGGGAGCAAAAACUGGCGUACAUAGAGGCCGAGGGGACAUGGCUCGAGAAGCCGACUGCCGACCUGACCGUAUUGAGCUACAAUGUGUGGUUCCGUGAAGAUUUGGAACUGCAAGCUCGAUUGGAUGCGAUUGGAAACGUCAUCUUGCAGCACCGUCCGCAUGUUGUUUUCUUCCAAGAAGUAACUGAGACCAUAUACAGAAUUUUCGAACAAGCGAGCUGGUGGAAAUCCUACAAUUGCUCUGUCAAUCGUAGAGUGGCUUCUCAACGAGCAUAUUUCUGCAUGGUGCUAAGCAAACUGCCGGUGGUAUCCUUCAGGCAGAGCCCAUUUCGUAACUCAAUAAUGGGUCGGGAACUUUGUCUAGCAGAAUUAGAUGUAGGUAAUGGGGCAAGACUGUUGGUUGCCAACUCACAUUUGGAAAGCCCUUGCCCAGCUCCACCUACCUGGAACCAGAUGUUCAGUGCUGAGCGGGUCGCACAAGCGAAGGAAGCUAUGUUAAUGUUGAAAGAUUUUCCUAAUGUGAUCUUUGGCGGAGAUAUGAAUUGGGAUGAAAAAACGGACGGGGUUCCCCCGUUACCCUCAGGUUGGUUUGAUGCUUGGGUGCAGUUGCGCCCAGGUGAGGAUGGGUUUACUUAUGACACCAAGGCGAAUAAAAUGAUAUCUGGCUACCGCUCUUUGCGGAAGAGGGUAGAUCGUAUGUUCUGCCAGCUUGAGGAUUUCGAUACUGUGAGCAUUGAAAUGGUGGGAACUGAACCGAUUCCUGAUCUCACAUAUCCCAAGGAGAAGAAAGUGAAGGGGAAAGUUGAGAUUAUAAGGUACCCUGUGCUGCCUAGUGACCAUUUCGGGCUUCUUCUGACAUUGAGGAAAAGUGCUUGACACCAGUUUUUUAUCGCACUUCAAGCCUCUUGUUUUCUUCAUAAACUUCUUGUUUAUAGCCACUUCUUUUACUUUUAUCUCAUCAAUGUUGAAUUAGCAGUCGUGCAAUUCUGUAGUUUUGAGAAUUUUUGUACGGGCCAAACGUAUUGGUCUCUUUUAUACUUUCAUCUGAAAUAGUACUGCACAGUGGAAUCUCUCUUUUUCAAGUAUCUUACAGGACUGACUCUAGACGAGUUCACGUUUAUUGGUGUCAAUUUUUAUAGGUAUAACUCUUCUGGUUUGAAAUCAGAGUUCAUUCCUUCUGUUUUCAAUGCAAUGUGGGUUUACUGUA